UAUCCGUAUACGGUAUACGAUCUGUCACCAAAACCCUAGAUAGGCUUCAUCACUUAUUUAAGAACCCUAACACCAUUAUCACCCGCUCUUUCUCCAGCCCCAACACUUCUAUUUCCGCCGUUCAACUCCCCGCCGCCGCCGCUUAAACCUGUAGCAAUGGCUUCAGAGAAGAAGCUAUCAAACCCUAUGAGGGAGAUUAAGGUUCAAAAGCUCGUCCUCAACAUCUCCGUCGGUGAAAGCGGCGAUCGUCUCACUCGCGCCAGCAAGGUGCUAGAGCAACUUAGUGGUCAAACUCCAGUUUUCUCCAAAGCUAGGUAUACCGUUAGGUCGUUCGGUAUUAGACGUAAUGAGAAGAUUGCUUGCUAUGUGACCGUUAGAGGAGAGAAGGCUAUGCAGCUACUCGAGAGUGGUUUAAAGGUGAAGGAAUACGAGCUUUUAAGGAAGAACUUUAGUGACACUGGCUGCUUUGGAUUUGGUAUCCAAGAGCACAUUGAUCUUGGCAUCAAGUAUGAUCCUUCAACCGGUAUCUAUGGCAUGGACUUCUAUGUUGUUCUUGAGCGCCCAGGCUACCGUGUUGGCCGCCGCCGAAGAUGCAAGGCUCGUGUUGGAAUUCAUCAGAGGGUUACAAAGGAUGAUGCCAUGAAGUGGUUUCAGGUGAAAUAUGAAGGAGUCAUUCUUAACAAGGCUCAAACAAUUGGUUAGACUUUGUUGUGUUCAAGUUUUGGCGAGAGUUAUAUCUGUAGUCCCCUUUGCCUUUCUGUUUUUUUAUCCUCUUUGCGUUGCAACUGUUGAAGAGAAUUUUGUAUUGGUAGAAUUUGGAAUACUAUUUUUUCCCAUCUUGUUUAAACAGUUUAUGCAUUUACAUAUAUAUUCUCUAAUAGAAACUAAAAGUCCUGCUUUUAGCAUUAUGAACUCA